CUCUCUCUCUCUCACUUCAACUUCUACAGAAAUAUCCUGCAGACUUUUUCUACUAUAUAAACAAAUCACAGCCCCCUGAUGUGGGACUGCGGCCACUGCCCAUAACAACUUGUUUAGGGGUUAGUAAUCUCUCUCUGCAACGCUCUGCAACAUUGUCCAAGACCAAGACAAGACUCAUCAUCAUCAUGAUAUCAAGCAAUUAACGUGGACAGCUGGGCUCCAUUAAUGGCAGAUUUUCGAGAGCUGAGGAAGUGAGGUAGGUACACACUGCAAACUGCGACAGUUCCAAAAGAGAGUUCUCUGUGUUUAUUCUUGUUGCAAAUUACCAGCUUCUAAAUUAUGUCAGAGAUUUCUGAGGCCAAUGAUACCCUUCUGAAGGUACCCUUUUUUAAGUAGUUAGGGGUCAAAGAAUUGUUUUGUUCUGAAUCUGACCAAAACUGAGAUUAAGUCUCUUGUGAGUUACAAGAUGUGUAAUGUGCAUGUUGCUUGUUUGCUUCCAAGUGUGAGUUGGGUUUGAUCACAAACCAAGCAAGCAAGUUGAUUUUGAUUACUUGAGCUUACAUAAAGGUUUUUGGGUCUUAAAUGGUGGAUUCAGUUUGCCGGUAUUCUAGAAUGUCUUGGAAUCGAGCUCAAAUCGAGCUCCUCCAUCGUCAAUCUCGGUUUCUUUCGUCUUCUCCUUCACUGCCAUAUAAUAGUGAAUAUCAGAAGCAAUCAAUCCCACCAUCUUCAUCUUCUGGCAAUAAAAUUAGUCCAGCAAUUCUCUUCAUCAUAAUUGUUCUAGCUGUUGUGUUUUUCGUAUCCGGAAUCCUUCACUUACUUGUUAGAUAUCUCACCAAGCAUAGAUCUUCAGCGAUUUCUGAAUCCAACAGAUACCCGGAAAUGUCUGGGUCUGGAGUUCUCCAGAGACAGUUACAGCAGCUCUUCCAUCUUCAUGAUUCUGGAUUAGAUCAGGCUUUCAUUGAUGCUCUUCCUGUGUUCCUUUAUAAAGAGUUGAAGGGUCUGAAUGAGCCAUUUGAUUGUCCAGUUUGUCUGUGUGAGUUUACUGAAAAGGACCAGCUGAGAUUGCUUCCAUUAUGUAGUCAUGCUUUUCACAUUGAUUGCAUAGACACAUGGUUACUGUCUAAUUCUACUUGCCCUCUUUGUAGAGGGACACUAUACACACCAGGGAUAGCCAUUGAGAACCCGGUUUUUGAUUUCGAUGAUUCGAGGGAAGAGGAAGGUUUUUCAGGGAAUGGAGGAAAUGGGGGUCUGAUUUCUGGUCAAAAGUCUGCAGAGAAUGAGAUUGAAAAGAGAGUGUUUUCUGUGAGACUUGGAAAGUUCAGAAGUACUACUACGACAAAUGUCGAAGGAGAUGAAGGAAGAGGUGUGGAGAAAAUAGAGGGAGAGACUAGUAGUAGUAAUUUGGAUGCAAGGAGAUGUUACUCAAUGGGAUCAUACCAAUAUGUGGUAGCUGAUUUGGAGGUUCAAGUUGCUCUGAGGCCCAAAAGAUCAGGUGGUAAUGGUGAUAGUAUGAGGAUUGUGAGAGGGAGGGUGGGGCAAAAUGGGAAUUCCAACAAUGAUAGUGAUACUGAGGGCAAAAAAAUUGGAGGUAAAGGUGAAAGCUUUUCUGUUUCUAAAAUCUGGCUGUGGCCUAAAAAGGGCAAAUUUCCAAGUUCUGCAGAAACCCAAAUGGCUGCUACUUCCUCAGCUACCGUGGGUUUGCCAUGGAGUGAUAAUAGAUCUCAGGAUACAUGAUGUUAAUUACUGUAGUAUGUAUUUCUUCAUCAUAUCAAUGGAUCUAUAUAAAUUCUUUAUCAGAAAAAAUAGCUCUAGGCUUUUGCUUUGUUCUGGAACUUGAUUUCUUUACUGUCAUGCAGAUCCUGUUCUAUGUAACUUUGUCACAAGCUGCUAUGCACUUUAUCUUUUCAGGAA